AUUUGUAUACCUAUUUUGAGAAGCGGAAGCUGAUUCAAUAGUUCCGACUUUUUAGCACAGGUGCCAUCCGGCAUGACUUUUAGUGAUUAUUCUUUUUAAAAUAUACAAGCCUAUUCGCAAAAACACGCACCUAAAUCAUGGAUACCAGUAGUAAUCCAGCCGCUGCAAACAGCAGCAGCAGUAGCGGUCCAGCAGCGCCGGAUUCGUCUCCGCAGGUUGGGGGCCCGCGAGUCAACAACGCGUGCGAGGCUUGCAGGGCGGCCAAGGUCAAGUGCACGGCGAGCAGCAGCCAGCUGGGGAUCUGUCGGCGAUGCUACGAAUCAAAGCGUGAAUGCGUCUUCAAGACCGGCCCGCGGACCAGAAGACCACGACAGUCAAAACUCAACCCAGCAGCAAAUUGCCCGCAACCACCCCCACCAGGCCCUUCCAAGACCUUCACCAUCGACGUCAGCCUCCCCCAGGACGACGGCCCUCUAAACUUCAACAUGCUGCGCGACUCGCACGAGGCCAUCGUCGACCGCCUCUUCCCACCAGGGUCACCAGCAGCAGCAGCAGCAGCAACAACAGCCGCGACGUCAUCAUCGUCCACGUACACGUUCGACUCGAGCUCAUCCCCGUGCUUCACAAACACCACCUCGGGCUCCGCAGCCGCCACCUCCUCCCCUCGGUCGUCGUCGUCCAUCAGCACCGCCAAAACCACGGCGGCGGCGGCGGCAGCAGCUUCGGGACCGCUCCGCCGCCCGCAGUUCAACCUCGACAGCGCCAGCUCGCUGCUCGCCACCUUCCGCGACGACAUGGCGCUCUUCUUCCCCGUCUUCUCGGUCCCGGACGGCGCCACCGUGCCGGACCUGGCCCGCGACAGGCCCUUUGUCCUGCUCGCCCUCCUCGCCGCCGCCAGCGGCUCCAGGACCGCGCUCAGGGGCGGCGGGAGCCUCUACGACGAGGAGUUCCGCAAGAUACUGGGGCUCAAGUUCGUCGCCGGCGGGGAGAGGAGCGUGGAGUUGCUUGUUGGGUUGUUGAUCUAUUCUGCUUGGUAUCCUGUCCACCUGCGGCCCCGAAAUAAGCAGUCUCAACAGUAUAUCCGCAUGGCCGUUGAUAUGAUACAGGAUCUCGAGCUCGACCAGCCCGAGUACCUCGAGCAGCACCAGGACCAGCCACGCGAGGAACUCCUCGAGGGCAUCCGCGCAUAUGCUGCUUGCUGCUAUCUUGUUCUCGCACGAGCUGUUACGUACAGCCGCCCCUUGAACCUCCCCUUCACCGCCUGGACGGCCACCUGCUGCGACCUGCUCGAGCGCGAGGCCCUCACGCCCGGCGACCGCAUCCUCCCCUGGCUGCUGCGCCACCAGCACCUCAUGCUCGAGAUCGUCACCCUGGCCAAGGACGAGGAGAAGGGCCUGCGCUCCUCGUACCAGGCCGCCACCAUGAUGAGGGGGUUGGAGAUGCAGUUUGCAGAGUACAGCUCGCGCAUGCCGGAGGAGGUCGCCAACACCUCCGUCAUGAGAUUCACCACGCUCACGACGCAGAUCCAGCUCCUGACCCCGCACCUCUGGAAGUCCUCCAACAUGACGCGGUCGCCACGCGUGGACCCCUUCCAGGACUCCUCGCGGAUGCAGCUGGCCCUGCCGCACCUAGCCGACGCGCUGUCCUUCAUGGGCGAGACGCUGGUCGGGGGACGACAGCUCACCAACCUCUGCAACGUGGACUGGGGCCGCUUGGUCCUGCUCUUGAUCGUCGCCUUCACCUUCUCGUUCGACAUGCCCUCCUGCGUCGGCUGGGACGCCGCCCUGGCGCGGUCGCACAUCGACCUUGGCUCGCUGCUUGAUCGCCUCACCGACAGGACGCAGAUGCAGGGGGACGACAAGCCCCGCGCUGGCGCCCAGCAGGGGGGUGAUGGGGUUGCUGAAGAGGACGACAUGACGAUUGUUGGGGCCAGUCGUGUCGUUUUCGGCGUCGUCAAAGCCAAGUUCGACAAGCGGAUGGCGGCUGUGCAGCGGCGGCAGCAGCAACAACAGUCUUCCAUCGCGACGGGAAUCUGGUCUCUGUUUGGAAGUGGCAGUGGUGGCGGAGAUGUGCAUCCAGAAAUACCGCACGAUAAAACGACCAGGGGAUGCCCAAUGUUUGAUGGUUCGUUAGAUAACUACAUCCCGGUAUGGGAUGAGGCUUUCAGCGACCAGACCGGCUCUGGGACAAGCCUUGCCCUGGGCGAUGCGACUGGCGAAUUUGUGGAUCCGUUUGAUGAUAUUGAUCUAAACGUCGGUAUGGAUGGGGGACAGUUCCAACAUGACCUUUGGGCCACCAUGACCAUGGGAUGGGCGGAGAGUGAAUUACCAGGACACAAUCAGCCUGCUGAUAGUGCGGGAAUCAGUUGA